AUGUAUAAGGCCGGGAAGAGCGGGGCCCGCUGUGGAGAGGUCGGAGGGCAGGAGUGCUCUGCUGGUCGCUGGGAAGGCCGCGCCUUCCCCGCAGGGAUGUAUCCUGGUCUUUGCUGGCCGGAGGGCGGGGGACAACAGCCUGUGGACACUGAGGUGAUGCAUCUCAGCAGCUCCAAGGGCAGAGUAGUCCUGGCUCCAAUGUCCCGAGGUUCUGAUGGCCGUCAGAGGACAAGAGCUCAGCUUGGCCAGGAUCCCCCACAAAGAACAGUGCUAGGGGUGCUAACUGAGAAUGGACAGUACAGGAAGACCUGUGACCAGGCAAUCACAACAGUUAGGUGUUUCUCUGGAUCAGAAAAUGUCUUCCCUCAAGCUGGAAAGAAAGCACUCUCUGACUGUGGGGUCCACGUGCCAGCCAAGCAAGGAUUUGAUAUCUACAUGGAUGAACCAGAACAAGAGGACAAAAACAGCUGCAGUGGGAAAGAGGGGAUGGCAUUUGAGGAUAUGUACGAAGUAGACACUAGUACACUCAAGUCAGACCUUCACUUUCUACUUGAUUUUAGCACAGUUUCCCCUAUGCUGGUAGAGUCAUCUCUUCAUGCUCAAUCUGAAGAUACAUCAGAUUUUGGUUCAGACAUGAUAAAUGUGACUGAAUAUGCUGAAGAAAUUCAUCAGUACCUUAGAGAAGCUGAAAUGCGAUACAGGCCCAAAGCCCACUACCUGAGGAAACAACCAGACAUCACAGAAGGCAUGCGAAGGAUUCUGGUGGACUGGCUGGUUGAGGUUGGAGAAGAAUAUAAGCUUCGAGCUGAGACUCUCUACUUGGCUGUCAACUUCCUGGACAGGUUUCUUUCAUGCAUGUCUGUUUUGAGAGGGAAAUUGCAGCUUGUAGGAACAGCAGCCAUUCUUCUGGCUUCGAAAUAUGAAGAAAUAUACCCACCUGAAGUAGACGAGUUUGUCUAUAUAACUGAUGAUACUUACACAAAACGACAACUGUUAAGAAUGGAACACCUACUCCUGAAAGUCCUAGCUUUUGAUCUGACAGUGCCAACUACCAAUCAGUUUCUCCUGCAGUACUUAAGGAGACAAGGAGUGUGCAUCAUAACUGAGAACCUGGCCAAGUAUGUAGCGGAACUAAGUCUGCUUGAAGCUGACCCAUUCUUGAAAUAUCUUCCUUCAUUGAUAGCUGCAGCAGCUUAUUGCCUAGCAAACUAUACCGUGAACAGGAAUUUCUGGCCAGAAACCCUUGCUGCAUUUACAGGCUAUUCAUUAAGUGAAAUUGUGCCUUGCCUGAGUGAGCUACAUAAAGCAUGCCUUGACAUACCUCACCGACCGCAGCAAGCAAUUAGGGAGAAGUAUAAGACUUCAAAGUACAUGCAUGUGUCUCUCAUGGAACCACCUGCAAUUCUUCCUCUGCAAUAA